CUCUCAUUUUCUGCGCGGUGCUGUGCUGGAAAAUGGCUGUGUAGGGAGCUGAGAGUCAUGUGCAGCAAAAGAAAGAAAGGGAGAAAGAAAGAAACCGGACUAGAAGUAAUCAAAGGAGGUGGACGACUUUAAAGUAUUGAGGGAAAGAACAGGUGAAAGAUAAGGAAACUCGCUGUCUGCAUUUCGACGUGUUAAAGUGCCGCCACAGCGAGAUAUUUGGAAGAAGUAUCUGCGUCUGCGGGUUGUCACCGUCCAGAUCGGGAGGAGCCUGAAAGAAUCAAGGACUAUUCUAGUGUCCUACUCUGCCCCCCUAUCCACCCCCACAGACAACACAGGUAGACUGCCUCGGUUAGGUAGGUUUAGAGCCUGUCCAGCUAGUUUUUGUCACUUGAAGGAGCAUGUUGCCAACCCUGUCCCUCUGUUCCAUCAUUUGGUUAAACCGGGGUAUCAAGCUGAGGAAAGUGCUCCACAGCGCCAACACCGGCCUGCUCUGAGGCAGCAGCACCCUACCUACCUUCCUCCAUAGACUCGGCCAUUUUAGCAAUGCUUCUUAGCUUCGGUUAAUAGUUCUAAACGGCCACUACUCAUCACCCACUACUGCCUGUACAUUUCUGGGUUGCCGUAGCAUCGGGCCGACAUUCGCAUUCUCUCAGCGUCUUCGGCAGCUUUUCUCGGUUUCCCAAAAUGGAGGUUGAGGGUUUUCAGUACCGUGCCCUCUACGUGUACACCAAGGACUUGGAGGAAGAUGUUGAUCUGCAGCCCGGGGACAUUCUGAUCGUCAGCAAGGCCUCCCUACUCUCCCUGAACUUCAAGGAGGGGGACGAGGAGCGUCCCGAGCUCCUAGGCUGGCUGCUGGGCUUCAACGAGCGGACCAAACAGAGGGGGGACUUCCCAGGGACAUACGUUCAGUUUGUGGGCCACGUGAGGAUGUCACCGCCAUCCAGUCAGCCUCGCUCCCAAAGAAUCCUCCCAGCAGCCCCAGGGCCUGAGCUGUCACAGCAAGCUGUUUCUCUUCUGGAUUUGACUGAGCAGUUCACACCACCAGAAACUGCUCCCCCUACCCUGGUGAACCUAGUGGAGGCCAUUGAGAAGAAAGGUCUGGACUGCAAGACACUGUACAGGACACGUCUUGCAUCCGCCUCAGGUGGCCCAACACAGAGUCAGAGAGAGGAGGUGGAGUCGGGGCCUGGUAGUGACGUGGGCGCCGUGUCGGAGUGUUUACUCCGCUACCUGCGGGAGCUGCCAUCCCCCGUCAUCCCCCCCGGUGUUUACCCAGACCUGCAGGCUGUGCUGCAGCAGGGCGCCGCGGGUACAUGCCACAUUUCACUCACCCCUGCUUGUGCGCAACCAGUGCCCCCCACCAACCCAUCCCCUGCCCCGAUGAAACAGACCCAGGCAAUAGCAAACUGGUCCAAGGCUGUGGCGGCGAGCAGCAGUGGAGGCAGGGAGCUGAGCCUGGUCCUGGAGAGGGCCACCAGCAUGUCCCUGCAUCACCACCUCACCCUGCACUACCUGCUCACACACCUGGGUAAGGUGAUCCAGACCUCCCAUCUUAAUGGCCUGGACCUUCACACCCUGGGUCUGGUCUUCGGGCCGCUGCUGAUCCGGCACAGCUCUGCCACUGGGUGGGAGGUGGGGGAGGAGUUCCCUGCACUGGCACUGGAGAGGCUUCUGAUGGAGAUGGCCAUAGGACAGGAAGUCCCGCACCCAGCUCUACCAGCCAUGCCAGUAAAGGUCAAAGAUACAACUCCAGCCAUGACUGAGAGCAGCAUACUGAGUGAUUCGGAGUGGUACUGGGGUGAAAUCUCCAGGGAGGAAGUGAAUGAGAAGAUGAGAGACACCCCUGACGGGACGUUCAUGGUCCGUGACGCCUCCAGCAAACUGGAGGGAGAGUACACACUGACCCUCAGGAAAGGCGGAAACAACAAGCUGAUCAAGGUCUGCCACCGGGAAGGUCGCUAUGGCUUCUCAGAGCCUCUCACCUUUAUCACGGUGGUGGAGCUCAUCAACCACUACCGCCAUGAGUCCCUGGCCCAGUACAACGCCAAGCUGGACACCCGGCUCCUCUACCCCGUCUCCAAAUUCCAGCAGGAGCAGCUGGUGAAGGAGGACAGCACUGAGGCGGUGGGCGAGCAGCUGAAGGUGUACCACGAGCAGUACCAGGAGAAGAGCUGGGAGUACGACGUGCUCUACGAGGAGUACACACGUACCUCACAGGAGCUCCAGAUGAAGCGCACAGCCAUCGAGGCCUUCAACGAGACCAUCAAGAUCUUCGAAGAGCAGUGUGAGACUCAGGAGCGCUACAGCAAAGAGACCAUCGAGAAGUUCCGACGUGAAGGCAACGACAAAGAGAUCCAGAAGAUCCAGAGCAACUCGGAGCGUCUGAAGUCUCGGGUGACAGAGAUACACGACAGCAAGAGGAAGCUGGAGCAGGACCUGAAACAGCAGGCAACCGACAACAGAGAGAUUGACAAGAGGAUGAACAGCCUGAAACCAGACCUCAUGCAGCUAAGGAAGAUCAGGGACCAGUACCUGGUGUGGUUGACACAGAAGGGGACCAGGCAGAAGAAGAUUAAUGAAUGGCUGGGCAUAAAGAACGAGGCAGAAGACUCCUACUGGCUGGUGGAGGAGGACGAAGGCUCGCCCCACCACGACGACGGCACCUGGUACAUGGGCGACAUCAAGCGCACCCAGGCAGAGGAGCUGUUGAGGGACAAGUGUGACGGCACCUUCCUCAUCCGAGAGAGCCAGACGCAGAAGGGCUCCUAUGCCUGCUCUGUAGUUGUGGACGGCGACGCCAAACACUGCGUCAUCUACAAGACGGACAAAGGCUAUGGCUUCGCCGAGCCCUACAACCUUUACGGCUCCCUGAAGGACCUGGUGCUCCACUACAAGCACGAGUCCCUGGUCCAACACAACGACCAGCUGAAUGUAACCCUGGCCUACCCGGUCCUCACCCAGACCUAGCAGCAGCAUCCCAGAUGAGGGGCAGCAUGGCAUGACGACCCCCAAUGGAGACCAGAGCUUCUAAAGCAUGGCAAAUCAAGCA